ACAAAAACAGUCACAUACUAUAUACAUACAAUUUAAACCAAAAUCUCCUUUCUCCAAGACAUCACGACCAGUCAACAUGCCAGAACAACUUGUGCUCCGUGCAACGCUCGAAGGUCAUUCUGGAUGGGUUACCUCCCUCUCCACUGCUCCUGAGAACCCUGACAUUCUUCUUUCCGGUUCUCGUGACAAGACCAUCAUCUUGUGGAACCUUACCCGUGACGAUGUCAACUACGGUGUCGCUCAGAGACGUUUGACUGGUCACAACCACUUCGUCUCUGACUGCUCUUUGUCCUACGACAGCCGUUACGCCUUGUCCGCUUCCUGGGACAAGACCAUCCGUCUCUGGGACCUCGAGGAGGGUGUUUGCACUCACCAGUUUGUUGGUCACACCAGUGAUGUCUUGUCCGUCUCCUUCUCUCCCGACAACCGUCAAGUUGUCUCUGGUUCCCGUGACAAGACCAUCAAGAUCUGGAACAUCAUCGGUAACUGCAAGUACACCAUCACCGAGGGUGGUCACUCUGACUGGGUUUCUUGCGUCCGCUUCUCUCCCAACCCCGACAAUGUCACCUUUGUUUCUGCUGGUUGGGACAAGGUUGUUAAGGUCUGGGAUUUGGAGUCUUUCGCUCUCCGCACCACCCACCACGGUCACACCGGCUACAUCAACGCCGUCACCAUCUCCCCCGAUGGUUCCCUUUGCGCCUCCGGCGGUAAGGACGGUGUCUUGAUGCUUUGGGACCUUAACGAGAACAAGCACUUGUACUCUUUGGAGGCCAAGACCAACAUCAACGCUGUUGUCUUCUCUCCCAACCGUUACUGGUUGUGCGCUGCCACCGGCUCUUCCAUCCGUAUCUUCGACUUGGAGUCUCAAGAGAAGGUUGAUGAGCUUACUGUCGACUUCGUCGGCGUUGGUAAGAAGAGCGCUGAGCCCGAGUGUAUCUCUCUUGCCUGGUCUGCUGAUGGCCAAACCUUGUUCUCUGGCUGGACUGAUAACCUUAUCCGUGUCUGGCAAGUCACCAAGUAAAAAUGAGAUUGCAUUGCGAGCGCUAGCCAGCUUAUUUAAGCUGCAAUAAAGCAUGUUCUGAGGACCAUUUGUGUGAAUGUUUGAUGAUCUUCGUAAUGAUGAUUGGUUUAGCGGUA